AUGGACCACAGGCGGAAUUGGAUUUUGCUCGAUGCUUCAACCUCGCAGCCUAAUGCGCCUAUAAUGAUUAGAGACCGACGGUUCCGCGCAACCCCAUCACAAACAAGAGAAGAAGAAAGAAUAUAUAAUAUAAAUCAGCUAAACGAUCGUAUUCAGAAAAAAGUAGCGAAUAGCUAUGUCUUGGAAGACAUGACUGGGACCGGAAGGAAAGGUGAGCGAAUCGUGGAUGAAAGUUUUCGUUUCAUAGACGAUGAACAACAAGGCAGACACAACACUACUCCUGUUCCUCCAGAUAAAAACGAGUUGGAUUCGGGACUGCAAUCCGCUUCCGAUAGACUUGAUUCAUUGAUCUCUUGUCGGAAUUCGCACGGAGAAGUGGAGGCGAUUUUCGAGCGAAGGCAGCGACCGUUAGAUGAACUAGCGACGGCUAGAAAUGAUCCAUAUCAUGAUAGAAAUUUCACAAGGAAUUACACAUCAGAGAUUCCCGAACCAAUAUAUGUUCAACAUAUACCCUACGAAAGCAAACGCCAUGACACAUCCAGGGAAUAUGGCUCAACUUUAUUUCCUGAAUACGGUGAAUAUGAUAAUGGAAUUAGUCGAGAGUGGUAUGCCGCACGAAGACGGCCAUACUAUGAUCAUAGAUCUCAUCGGCGUUGCGACUCUGUUGAUUCUGGUAGUGUGAGAUUGAACAGGAGAUUCGGUCCUGCUCCCUAUCAGCAUCAAUGGAAAUCCAGAGCCAUUUCUCAAGAUUACUUGUGGGAUAAUACAUAUGGUUACAACUAUCCUGCCAGGCACGAGAAUCCUCGUCUGGCAGCUCACACGUUAAGGCGUGAACCAGAUUUUUAUGAUAAAUGUGACCUCUGUGCCUUCAAAAUUUUCCGAUCUGGAGACUACUGCCCCGCCUGUGGCAGAGUUUCUAGUGUCAUGAGAUCAUUAUCUAACAGAAUUCCUUCUUAUUUCAUUCCGAAAGAGCAAAUUUUGAGUGCUCGUCGGCUACAUAGAAACACAAGUCCAUAUACUCCACGCAAUAGAAGUCGAAGCUACUCUACACACGACAUUACUAUCCGACCAAAGUCCCCCAGGAGGCCUGCUAAGAGUCCUGUUUAUCGAUAUGGUGUGAGUGUUCCCGAGUCCUUGUACGACUAUGAAGCAUGGGCUCGCAAGGCUGAUCGUCGCCGAAUGCAAAAACGAGCAGCCGGUCUUGCACUCGCACUUCUGGCAGUAGCCUUGAUAGUGUCUGCAGGAGUAGUGCUGGCGGCAGUAAAUAAUUAG